AUGAGUCUGUUUAGUAGAGGCGAAUGCAAUAACAGGGUGGGAGAAAUCAUGGAAAGCUUCUCUGUGGCUGAGAAACCGGCUAGCAGCGUUUUUGGUAAAGAUCCUACGGUCGAGGUGGCCACCGUUUUCUGCACCGCAUUAGACUCGAGGAAAAAGAUGAUCAGCAACAACCCGCGUGUGGUCGGUAUCCGUGACACGGAGUCCGUCCAGUCAUUUCAACGUCAUCUUGCCGACGCCAGACGGAUGGUUGUAGUCGGAAAUGGUGGCAUCGCAACCGAAAUCAUAGCGGAAACCAACAACGUCGAGGUGGUCUGGGCCAUCAAGCACAAGAGCAUCGCUGCAGCAUUUCUCGAUUCCGGUGCUGCGCAGUUUCUUCUACCUCGGCUAAAUGCAGCUGAGCCGCCAACAGAAGCAUUCAAGAAACGAUUCAAGCAUGUUCAUGAAGCUUCCAGACGAAACGCCGGUGAAGAAUGUUUUGGCAGCGCGCUUGGACCUGACUGGACAGAAGAUCUGUUGAUAUCUGGUGCUUGUCAGGAUAAAAAGGUAUACAUCGAAUAUCAGUGCGCCGUCGAUGAAAUUCUGACUCCAGAAGAAUUCAGACAGCGACAUCUAAGCCUCAGCGACUUACCAGAUUCGUUUUCAUGUCAAACCGACUGGCAGGUUUACGUCGUUCUGACAAAUCACCAAGUGAUCGGUUGUGAUCUAGUGGUCAGUGCUACCGGGGUGCAUCCUAAUGUAGACCUUUGGCUCACUCCUGAAAAUCAGUUUAAACUUGGAAGCGACGGUGGUCUUCUUGUCAGUGACCAGAUGGAGACUAGCAUCGAAGAUGUGUACGCCGCAGGAGAUGCGUGUACAGCCGGGUGGACUUGGUCUCCCCAUUGGCUUCAGAUGCGCUUAUGGACGCAAGCACGACAGAUGGGCGCCUAUGCCGGUAUUUGCAUGGCUAGUAACCUACGGCAUGAGCGGGCCGUGUUGGACAUAUGCUUUGAAAUCUUUACGCACGUGACUACAUUUUUUGCCUUCAAGGUGGUGCUUUUGGGCAAGUUCAAUGGUCAAGGUCUCAGGCCAGACCAUGAAACAUUCGUCCGCAUUACUCCA